AUGACCGAACUCCCAGCCGAGAGCGACGGCUGGACGGAGAUGUCAUUCCUUCUCGUUCAAAUACAAGCAUGCCGGCUCAUGUAUCCAGUUAUCGGAGCUCGACGACACAGUUCCACAAAUACGCUUGAUGAUAUUGCAGAAAAGCGAAGGUUCGUUACAGAGCGCAGUCAAGCCUUGAGGGGAAAAUACGGGUUUCAAUCUGAAACGCCUGGUGAGCUAUGCCGUAUUGCAUUUCAGCAUUGCAAUACUGCUCUCUACAAGAUGAACUUUAUACUCCAACUGCGAGAGGAAGUGGUCUCACAAAAGCAGGAUGGCUUACAAAGAGAUGAAGGUAGCGUGCAAAGGCCAUCAUUCAAAAUAGCAUGCAGCGUGCUGGAAAGCUAUCGUACGUAUACCAAAGGCAGCGCCGAUUCCAGGUUCAAAUGGCUGUUUUCCGCAUUCACGCAGUGGUACGCACUAGCCUACAUUCUACGUUGUCUAUGUAUCUCAUCCAAUAUCCCUGAUGCUGAUUACGCCUGGGGUCUGAUUGAGGACACUUUUCCUGAAUAA